AGAAAUAGCGUUAGUGCUGGUGUACAACAAAAAAUUACAAUCUCAGUAGAUGGGAUUCAUGCCAGUAAAUGAAUGAUUACAGUGGAACAUCGCUUUACAGGCAGACUAUUUCAGAAGAGGAUAAGGCAAGAGUGUUGCAGAUUUUUAAAGAAUGUGACUCUAAUCAAAAAGGAUAUCUUUCAAAAGAGGACAUUAAAGUUGCAGUUCUAUCCAUCUUUGGAUACAAACCAUCAAAAUAUGAAGUGGAACAACUCAUGGGAGCAGGAAAAAAAGAUGAAUGUCAAGGACUUAAUCUUGAAAGAUUUCAAAGUUUGAUGUUUGCUAAGCUUUCAUUGGAAGAUCCAGAUCAAGAAUGUAGACGAAUAUUCAAUGCCUUCGAUAUAGACUGCGUGGGACAAGUGGAGAAAGCUAUAACCGACCAGUGGUUAAGUGAGCCACCCUAUGGCAGCAUUGAGUCCAGCAAUUGCUCGCACAUAGAUAUCCCUCGCAGGAUGCAAACCUAUAUAGGAUAAUCGGAGAUGCAGUGCACCAACCACAUAAGAAUUUUCACUACAAAUACUCGUAUACUGCCAGUUUGAUGAUGACCAGCGCAUGGAAUAAUUUGUGCUCUAGGAAUCUGACCAUGGAUCGCUAGGGAGGAGUAAACAUACUA